UCUUAGUUAUAGAACAUAAAUAUAAAAAUCAGUUAUGGCCUUAUGGGAUAAUGUUGGUUCAAUUUGCACCUCACCCGAAUCAGUAUACUUAAUAAUAUUGUUUUAGUUUGCACCUCACCCGAAUCACUUAUUCACUUUCAAAGCCAGUGCAAGACUCAAUUUACCUAGGUUCAUAAAUAGCGUUGAAAUAAUUUUAUGGUAACAAAGAAAAACAUCUAUUUAACAAGUAAUUCUUCCGUCAACUUGAGGUAGUUAUUAAAGCAAGGAAAUAGCAUAUGUCAAGGUAGUAACAAAUAGUCAACAAAGGGCUCACAUGAAGGUUGUGAAACUAAAUGUGUUCCCCCCUGCACCAGCAAGGGCAUCUUCUUCCUCUUCGAGGUAUUCUUCAUCUUCCUCUUCUUCAGUCAUCUUUGAUGUAUGGCGUCCUCUCUCCUACAAAUUGACUAAACUGUGUUUGAUAAUCCCAGAUGCAGGCACUCCUCGAGUACAGGCUCGACAUCCAUGCCUAUGUGGGGUGCAAGUCCACCAACUUGACCCUGUCCGACCAUUGAGAAAAUUUCCCCUUGAUCUCCAAUCUGAGCGGCUGCGAGGAACACGAGCAGAAGACGACAUUGGUCAGAUCCCCGAGCAAAUGUCGUGAACUGGGCACGAGGAAAAGCCGG